UGCGGCUGCGCGCAAUGAGUGCCACGUACUGGUUGACGUUGACAGUCAGGAGGACGCUUCCUGAUGCUGGCCCGGGUAUAGCUAGGCUAGCUAACAGAUUUGAUUUUCACGGUUUGGGGAAACCUGUGAAAUACAGCGUGGUCAAGUCGUCUGAUUCAGUGGGAGCAGAACAGGUCAGACGGCACCAUGAACGGCCAGCUGGACCUGAGCGGGAAGCUGAUCAUCAAAGCCCAGUUGGGUGACGACAUCAGACGCAUUCCUAUCCACAAUGAAGACAUCACUUACGAUGAGCUGGUGCUGAUGAUGCAACGUGUCUUCAGGGGCAAGCUGCAGAGCAACGAUGAGGUUACCAUCAAAUACAAGGAUGAAGAUGACGACCUCAUCACUAUCUUCGACAGCUCUGACCUCUCCUUCGCCAUCCAGUGCAGUAGAAUACUCAAACUGACUUUGUUUGUAAAUGGUCAACCGCGGCCUUUGGAGUCCAGUCAGGUGAAGUACCUGCGCAGGGAGCUCAUUGAGCUCAGGAAUAAAGUCAACAACCUCUUGGAUAGCCUGGAACCCCCCACAGAGCCUGGUCUGGCUGCUACAGCGCCAGACAGUGAAUCAGUGGAUGGACGUGAAGGCAAAGUUGUGGCAGCAGACCCCACAGUGAAACAGGCCACUCCAGUUAGUGCAGCCAGCAUGUCAGCCUUCGACCCAUUAAAAAACCAGGACGAGGUCAACAAGAAUGUCAUCUCUGCUUUCGGCCUGAGCGAAGACCAGGCCCAAGCUCCCCCGGCAGUUUCAGCAGAGGAGCGCUCAGGAACCCCUGACAGCAUCGCCUCCUCCUCGUCUGCAGCUCCGCAGCCAGGAGCGCCGCCACAAUCACAGGCUCCCUAUCCUGGAGUACAGCAGGGACCCCCAGCUGGCAUGGAUGGUCAGGUGUACCAGCAGUACCAGGCUCCAGGUGGAUACCCGCCACAGCAACCAGGCGCCCCACCGCAGCAGCAGUACGGUAUGCAGUACCCUGCGGGAUACAGUCCUCAGCCCGGAGCCCCUCAGCCUGGCCCACCACAACCACAACAGCAACAGUUUCAGAACUAUGCGCCUCCCUCCUCCCAGGCUCCUGCCCCUGCCCCUGGCCCAGCCCCUGCCCCAGGUUUCCAAGGUGGCCAGCAGCAGCCCCAUCCAUCUCAGGGAGCCCAGCAGUAUCCACCAGGAGCCUUCCCUCCCCAAAACUAUACCUCCCAGGCCUCCCAGCCCGCUAACUACAGCCUGCCGCCCAGCUCCCAGCCCGGCUCAGGGUACCAGCCCCGCCCAGGAUACACUGCGCCUCCAGGCAGCACCCCUCCACCAGGAGCUGCUAACCCAUAUGCCCGUAACCGCCCCCCUUAUGGCCAGGGCUACACUCAGCCAGGCCCUGGAUACCGGUAAAAGGAGGACAGCUGAUGUUACUGAUCCUCACACACCCCCAAACCCCUACCUUCUAUGUGGCUCCAGCUGUUUGGAGCGGCUGCAGGAAACAUGGUUUACUGCUCUAUACCCCACCCCCACCCCUCGUACAAA